AUGUCUAACGUACAUAAAUAUUUUGAUCGUGCCUCUGAAGAAUGGGAAAUUCGAGACUUUCUAGAGAAUUGUGAUAUGGAACCGUUUAAACAAAAAAUCGACUGUUACACUAAAAGUCUCGAAGAAAUUGCUAAUAAUGAGGGAGGCAGUAGGGAAAAAAGGGCGCAACUACUGCUCAAUAGAUACAAGAAGAAGGCGAGUAUAAGCGACUUUCUAGGUCGUUCUGUCCUGUUCUGCGUUCAAGUUUCUAGCUUACCUAACACUGGCUCUGCUGGGGCAUGGGUAAUGGAAACGACCGUCAAAUUGCAAAAAGUUGGAACAAUGAAAGAUCUCACAGCAAGGUAUAUCUUCAUCAACCAACAAUUACCUGUGAGAAUAUCAGCGGGUUUAACGGGCUUAUAA